UAUGACUAAGGCAUUCCCUCUUGUUCUUCCAAAUACUUUUCAUAGGUAUUGUAGUUGGCAUAUAUUAAUGAAGUUUUCUGAGAAAAUUGAUGCAGUGAAGUAUAGUAUUUAUAAAAGUGAGUUCUCGGCUUGCAUUUGGAAAUCAGAGACUCCUGAAGAAUUUGAUUUACAAUGGGAAAGUCUGAUUAAGAAAAGUGGGUUAGAAGGAAACAGGUGGUUGCAAGACCAAUAUGAACUUCGGUCAAGAUGGAUUCCUGCAUAUGUUAAUCACAUUUUCUCAGCAGACAUGUCAAGUAGCCAACGAGCAGAAAGUGGACAUGCAUUCUUCAAGAAAUUUGUUUCGAAGAAUAAUUCAUUGGUGGAUUUUAUGAUACAGUUUGGCAGGGGACUAGUGCGCCAACGUCACGAGGAGUUGAUGGCCGAUCACAAAGACUUGAUUGAGAAACCUAAACUUAGAAUAAAUCAUGACUUUUUGGAGCAAAUGGUUGAUAUUUACACUAAUGAGAUGUAUUUCAAGUUUGAGGCUGAAGUGUGUGACAGCUUUAACUACAAGUUGCAGUUUGUUAGGGAAACCGACAAUCGCCGUGUGUAUCAAAUUCAAAGAAAGAAGCUCGCAACAAGCAAAGUCCGCGAAAUCGUUUAUGACAAGGACUUGGAUUUGGUUUCUUGUAGUUGUAAAAAGUUCGAAAGCGGCGGAAUUCCAUGUACACACAUUAUAUCAUAUUUGAUGAAAAUUGAUGCUGAAAUAUUGCCCGAUAAAUACAUCUUAAAGAGGUAUGCAGAUAAGACCUGA